AUGAAGCAGAUCAUUUUUCCCCAAGUUUUUCUAGGAAUUUUGGCAUGCUGGAGUGUUCUCUCGGUUAUUGCAGAAGACAGGUAUUUGUUUUUCACAUGGGAAAUUACUCGUGGAACAAUUAACCCUCUGGGUGAACCUCAACCGGGCAUUCUUAUAAAUGGUCAAUUUCCGGGUCCUACGAUUGAAGCCAUCACUAAUGACAACAUCGUUGUGAAUGUCAUUAACAAGAUGGACGAAAAAUUCCUCAUUACAUGGAAUGGUAUAAAACAGAGAAGGACAUCAUGGCAAGAUGGAGUUUUAGGAACCAAUUGCCCAAUCCCUCCUAACACCAACUGGACAUACAAAUUCCAAGUGAAAGAUCAAAUUGGAACUUACACAUAUUUCCCAUCAACCAAAAUUCACAAAGCUGCUGGUGGUUUUGGGGGAUUUAACAUUGCUCAAAGAAUUGUGAUUCCCAUCCCAUAUCCUGCCCCGGAUGGAGAAUUCACCCUCCUUAUUGGUGAUUGGUACAAGACCGACCACAAGAUAUUAAGAAGAUUAUUGGAUGCUGGCAAGAGUCUUCCUAAUCCCGAUGCUCUUCUCAUAAAUGGCCAAAACAAUGCCGUAUUUACUGGUGAAGCAGGGAAGACAUACAAGUUCAGGGUGUCAAAUGUUGGGUUAGCAACCUCAUUUAAUUUCAGGAUUCAGGGCCAUUCAUUGAAGCUCAUUGAAGUUGAAGGUGCUCACACAAUUCAAGAAUCGUACGAAUCCCUUGAUGUUCACGUGGGGCAAUCAGUAACAGUUUUGGUCAAACUUAAUGAGUCAAUCAGUGACUAUUCCAUAGUUGCAUCUAGCCGUUUUACUGAGCUUGUUCUCACCACCACCGCAACUCUUCGCUAUCUGGGCUCCAAAAGUAAGGCCACAAUUCCAUUACCCGUAGGCCCAGCAACUGACGAUGUGGAAUGGUCCAUGAAGCAAGCCAGAACCAUCAGACUGAAUUUGACAGCAAAUGCAGCUCGCCCAAAUCCUCAGGGGUCAUUCCACUAUGGAACUAUCCCUGUUGUAAGGACAGUAAAGUUGGAAAAUUCUGAAGCCACAACAAAUGGAAAGCUACGAUAUGCAGUGAAUGGAAUUUCCUACUUCAAUCCAAACACCCCAUUGAAACUUGCUGAUUGGUUUAACAUUCCCGGUGUCUUUAAUCUUGAUACAAUUAAAGAUGUUCCUCCUCCACCAGGCACCCUUGCCAAAAUUGGCACAUCAGUCAUAGGAUUCACCCUUCAUGAUUAUGUCGAAAUAGUCUUCCAUAACAACGAAAAGUACAUUCAGUCCUGGCAUAUGGAUGGAUCUAGCUUCUAUGUUGUCGGGUAG